CUUGCUAUCUUCAUGAGCACAGUGUUCCCAUGCGCCAAUCUGAAUCGAUUCCAAACGCCUCUUGCCUCGAUAGGCGAUUACCAGGAUGUAAGCAGGUGGUGUGCUAACAACUGCGAGACUUCAUGCACACAUCUGCCACCCGCACACUGUGUGACACAGUUGCUAUGAAACGGGAGACACCCCACCUCAUUCGCGUUGCAAUAACCAGUAGACCGGAAAUCCGCGUCCUUCACAGUACCUUGGGUUAUGCUGACUUCUGAAUCAACCGUAGAUUUAUCCUACAGCUGAAAGUCUCAUAGCAUAUCACUGCAAAGGAUGAUCACAAUGGACUCAAUCCGUCUCCCGGCGGGGGUGAACUUCAUAGUACUUUGAUGCACUCUGGUGGCUUGGAAUGGAUAAGCCCGGCAGGAUGAGGAAGAUGAAGGAAGGCUGCUCAAAAGUUGUGUCCUAUUCGAUCAUUCUUGAAUUUGCUUCGCCCCCAGCAAGCCAAACAUUCACACCCGAGCACCUGAGCUUGUAAAUCUCCGCCACUAGCUCCAUUCAGCAGCACCUCACACUUCCAGGAUGAACCUCAGCAAGAUCUUCGCACACCUCGCUUUGCUGUCGCUGGCCUUGGUCGCCACUGACGCCGUGACUACCCACUCAAACACUGUGGUCCGUCAGAGCAACGCUCUCCGCAACCUGAAGGCGGCCGGCACGGGAACUGGUGUCACUACGAGCACCUCAUCGGGUGACUCGUACACGACGAGUGACUCGGCUACCCAGCAGAGCACGACGAGCGCGAGCUCUCCGGCAACCGACACGACCUCCACCACGUCAACGGAUACGACAACGACAUCAUCGCCGUCUACUUCGACCACCUCCACCGGCACCACGACGCAAGGGACCGAUACCACAAGCGGCACUAACACCUGGGGAACCAGCACUGGAACAGACACUGCUACCAAUGGCGGCACGAACACCUGGGGAACCAGCACUGGCACGGGCACAAACUCUGCUGAGGCGCCGUGUGCUAGCGGAGACUCGGACACCACGGGUACCUGGGACGCCACCUCGACCGGCACGACCGACACCUGGGGUACGUCCGGCACGGACACCACUUCGACCGGCACGACGGGCACUUGGGGCACGUCAGGUACGGACACCACCUCAACAGAUACGACAUCGCAGCAAACAACUGGAACUGCUGGUUGGGGAACAAACACCGGCACGACAUCGGCCGAGACUCCUUGCUCUGGUGACCAGAGCUCGACCGGCACUUGGGGAACCUCGACGGAUACGACAGGUACCUGGGGAACUUCUGGUACAGAUACCACUUCGACCGGCACCGCUCAGCAAACGUCAGACGGUGCAGAGACAACUGGAACGUCGAACUGGGGAACUACCGGUACUUCAGGCUGGGGAACCUCGACGGGGACAGACACGACCGCUACUCAGGGCAUUUCGGGCAGUGCCGCGGGAACGAGCACGGCGACCGGCACGACACAGCAGACCAGCGGCACCGACACGACCAGCACUGAUACCACUGGAACUUGGGAAGCAACGGGAACCACAGAACAAACCGGCACAGUGACUGCCGCCGGUGGGGAUUCCACCGGUACGUGGGGAGCUGCUAGCGACACGCCAUGCUCAGGAUCUUCGGACACUACCGGCACGUGGGGAACGUCAACCGGUGCCACCGGAGCCUCUACCGAUACGACGUCCGGUACUUGGGGGGCUACGACGAACAACGCCGAAGCACCGUGUUCGGGCUCGUCCGACACCGCUCUAGCGACGUCAUCGGGAACGUGGAUCGAGAUCACCAACAGCCCGACGACCGGAAAUUCCGCCACGGAAACCAAUUCAGGCAAGACUGGUGUGCCGACUGCCACGAGUGCUCCAACGACCGAUACGAUUUCGUCGGCAACGUCCUCGACCUCAGAGACUGCGACGUCGGCUACCACUGCUCCAGCAACUCCGGCACCCACCACCACGUUGCCGGCCACCACAGCCCCAGUAGCGACGACUGCAGCUCCAUCAACUUCUUCGGCCACGUCGGACACUACUUCGUCCACGACUACCAGCACCGGCAAGACUGGCGUGUCGACCACGACGACGGCGUCCUCGGGUACCUCAUCGACCAGCUCGGAUGAGUCCACCACGCAGCAGUCGGCCACGCAACAGUCGGCGCGCCGCUCGCUUCGCCACUAAUCGAUCUUCUCAGCGAUCAAAACGGCAUCGACGCAUUCGCUGCCAUUCGCUCAGAUCGAGCACCUCGCCAUUCGAUGUAAUGCGCAAAGCAGCACAAUCUCUGGAAGCGCUAGUCUCCGUUCAUUUUCAGUGUCGUAACCUGUGUAAAUCCACAAUUUCCACUUGGCCUUGUCUUUAAAACUUGGAGCUAAUGAAUAAAUCUACAAAACUCCGUUUAAUCCGACGUUUCAGACUUGCCCG